CCAAUUAGUGCUUCCCUUUCCAUGGCCAGGAUCAUGCACUCCCUCUGAUAAUGAAUUUUUUGAAUCAAUAGUGGUAUAGUGGUUGUGAUCUCGUGCGUUUUAAGAAACGCUCGAUCAUGGCUUCCUUCUCAAAAAUAUCCCUCUCUUUCCAGAAGAAGCUCGAGGAUGGAUCCCCAUUCCCGCUGGUCCUUGUUCCGGCCCACGGUUCUCUCAAGGACUCGGGAGCGCUCGCCAGCGCGCUGCGAACUGAGGAGCAGCGAUUGCGGCUGGAGGAGUGGCUACCCAAGAGUGGCGCGAUUUUGCUGCGAGGAUUCGAGGUAUGGACAGCGCAGGAGCUUGACUCCAUUAUCGAUGCGCUGGGAUGGGAGGAGUACCCUUACUUGGAGAUGGGUGGAUCGACCAAUCGAAAGCAAAUGUUUGGGAAAGUUUUCACCUCCAAUGACUUACCACGUCAAUAUAACAUUGGCUACCACAACGAGGCAGCUUAUCUCGAGAAACCACCGGCAAAGAUCGCAUUUUUUGCGGAGAAAGCUCCAGAGCCUGGAACUGGAGGUGCCACUCCAAUUGUCCCAGGUCACGUCGUUUACAAGCGAGUUCUUGAGAAAACCCAUCUAGCAAAGCAACUUCUCGACAAAGGCCGUCUUGUUUACCGCGCGUUUCUAGACGAGAACGCCUGGAAGUCGCGACUUUCAGCCGGGGACAAGCAAUCCGCCGAGACCAACGCCGUGAAGAAGCAAUUGGCUAUAACCUGGCUUCCCGACGGAGGAAUGAUUCUCGACAGCAAACUACUGGGUCCCCUGUUCCGAAAGGAUACUGCUGGAAGGAUGGCAUAUUUCUCGAGCCUUGGGUUUUUCGUGGAGUUUCGUAAGACGCAUAAGGAUUCGCCAAGAACAGCGCUUGAGUUUGAAGAUGGAACGCUGCUCGAAGAUCAAGCUGGCGAAGAACUCGCGGAGAUAAUGCUGGAGGAAGAGGUGGCGUUUCCAUGGGAGAAAGGUGACAUUCUUCUGGUGGACAAUUCUGCUGUGUUACACUCGAGGCAGAAGAGCACGUCUAAGGAGCGAGAAAUUCUUGUUUCUCUUGCUCGAUAAGUGUCAUAAGCUUUUACUUUAAAGUUCUAGAUCGUUCGAAAAGAAUUUAAGAAAAUAAAGAGCGAUUACAUUUUGUU